CCUCCUAUCCAUUUUCCUUUCUGCCCAUCCAUCCUUCCAUUUGUCCCUCCUAUUCCAUCCAUCCUUCUCGUGUUUGUCAUUCUUUCUGUCCUUCCAUCCUUCAUCCCUUUCCUGUUUCCACCUGUCCUUACAUCUGCCCUUUCCUAGUUCCCUAACUCCCUUGGUUUCUCUUUCCUUCUCCCCCUUCCCUCAUUUCCUUUCUGUCCACCUGUCUCUUUCCUACUUCCCUCCUUCCCUCAUUUCCUUAUGUCUGUCCACCCCUUCAUCUCUCUCUUCCUCCACUCCAUCCUUCUAUCCAUCCCUACCUCUUCACCUCCGUCUCUCUGCCUUCCAUCCUUCCCUCUGUCCAUCCUUCCUCCUGUCCUUCCCUUCCCUCUGUUCCGUCCAUCCUCCUGUCCAUGCUCCCUUUCCCCACUUCCCCUGGGGUGCUGACCCCCACUUUGGUGGAGGAGGAUGAACCACAGCAUCUCCCAUCAUUCUUCCUAUUCGUCCACCUUCCUCCUCCUCUGUGACUCCAGCCCCCUGUUCCUCAUCCAGACAUGGGGUGCCAGGGAUACCCUCUCACUCUGUUCCUCCCCCUUAGCUCUAGUCUCACCCACUUCCUCCAUCCUGCCUCGGCCCCGCCAUGGAGAAUGAGCAGCUCCCAGCUCCGGUUCCUGCCAGCAGCGGUGGUGGCACGGCCCCAACGCCCACCAGCACCACAGCCAUGCGCCCGCCCGGGCCCCAGAUCUCUGUCUACAGCGGCAUCCCCGACCGCCAGACUGUGCAGGUGAUCCAGCAGGCGCUGCACCGGCAGCCCAACACGGCGGCACAGUACCUGCAGCAGAUGUACGCAGCACAGCAGCAGCACCUCAUGCUGCAGACGGCCGCGCUCCAGCAGCAGCACCUCACCAGUGCCCAGCUCCAGAGCCUGGCCGCUGUCCAGCAGGCAAGCCUCGCGGCAAACCGGCAAAGCAGCUCCUCAGGGGGCAAUGGCACCCAGCCAGCCCCGGCACAGCAGCCCACGAUCAACCUGGCGACAUCGCCUGCGGCGGCGCAGCUGCUAAACCGGGCACAGAGCGUGGGUCCCGGGGCGUCAGGCAUUGCUCAGCAGGCUGUACUGCUGGGCAACACUGCCUCACCCGCCCUCACUGCCAGCCAGGCCCAGAUGUACCUGCGGGCACAGAUGCUCAUCUUCACACCCACGGGCCCCGUCAGCGCUGUCCGGGCACCAGAGGGAACAGAUACAGUGAGCAGCAGCCUCCUGGAGGGGGAUCCUGGGGCCUAUGCCCCGCUGCAGUCCCCCCAGUUCCUGCAGCAGCCGCUGAAGCCGAUGCAGCCGCAGCCUCCGCCGCAGCAGCAGCAGCAGCACCCUGGCCCAGCCCCUCAGCCCAAAACCGGGGUCCCCCAGGGAGCGGGGGGCGAGGGCGGCCCCCUCAAUGGGCACCCUGGCUGCCACGCUGCCCCCCGCAAGUUCCAGCACGCCUCGGCUGUCAUCCUGCAACUGCAGCCCGCCGGCCCCAUGGUCCAUGCACAUGCACGAACACAUGUGUCAGAGACAGGUGUGUGCCUGGUCCAUGCACAAGGACCCGCUGAUGGGGUGAGGCACUCCCAAGCCCCCCAAAGCAACAGGGGGAUGUUGAGGUCGGGGCUGCGCGGGGCCGGGCUGUGCUGCGGGAAGGUCCCUCGGCCCACGCGUGCCCAUGGCGUCACCCACGCGCUAUUCGGGCCUCACGGGGGAGCUCGGGCCCAGCUGGGGCGAUGCGGCCUCACGGGCGCCUCGCAGCGACGCUGGGGAGCGUCCGGACCCCUCCGCGUACUUUGGGGGCCCUUUAAUCCCUUUGGCAGCCCCUCAGGGGCCGCCCGGGGCUCUCCGGGCGGCACCGGGAGCGGCGGCAGCUGCUCCCCGUCCCAGCUGUAUGGAAAUGUCGGCCCGCGUCAGCGCGGCGUCAGCGCCCGCCCCUCACCGCGUGUCCCGCUGUCCCCAGAGCCCCCCGAGCGCCUCCAUGCGCAGCCCCGCCUUCCCGGGAUGACCUCGGGCUCCGGCAGCGCUGCCGCCACCGUCGCCGGUGCCGCCCCCCACAAUGGUGAGAACAAGCCGCCCCAGGCCAUCGUGAAACCCCAGAUCCUCACGCACGUCAUCGAGGGCUUCGUCAUCCAGGAGGGCGCCGAGCCCUUCCCGGUGGGCCGCUCCUCGCUGCUGGUGGGGGCCCUGCACAAGCAGUAUGCGCAGGAGCUGCUGCCGGACAAGCUCCCACCACAGGACAACACCACCACCACUGACUCGGACAUGGAGGAGCCGUACCUGCAAGAAUCCAAAGAGGAGGGGAAUCCCCCCAAGUUGAAGUGUGAGCUCUGUGGCCGCGUUGACUUCGCCUACAAGUUCAAGCGCUCCAAGCGCUUUUGCUCCAUGGCCUGUGCCAAGAGGUACAAUGUGGGCUGCACGAAGAGGGUGGGGUUGUUCCACCCAGAUCGCAGCAAACUCCAGAAACCAGGAGGGCCCCCCCACGGGCGGCGCCGCAGCUGCAAAGGGACCCUGCCCCCCCUGAGCAAGGACAGCAAGAAGCAGCCCGCAGGGUCUGUCCCAGCGGGGUCGGUGACGGCGUCGUUGCAGCUCAACCACAGCCAGGAGGAUUCCAGCCGCUGCUCUGACAACUCCAGCUACGAGGAGCCGCUGUCGCCCAUCUCUGCCAGCUCCUCCACGUCCCGGCGCCGGCAGGGAGAGCGGGACCUGGAGCUGCGGGACAUGGAGCUGCCGGAUGUGCACGGCCGCGACCUGCCUGGCCUCGGCCACCGCUUCCUGCCCAGCGAGCCCAGCAAGUGGAACGUGGAGGACGUUUACGAGUUCAUCCGCUCGCUGCCAGGCUGCCAGGAGAUCGCGGAGGAGUUCCGAGCGCAGGAGAUCGAUGGGCAGGCACUGCUGCUGCUCAAGGAGGAUCAUCUCAUGAGCACUAUGAACAUCAAGCUGGGGCCCGCGCUCAAGAUCUAUGCCCGCAUCAACAUGCUUAAGGACUCCUAAGGGGGGGGGGCCACAGGACCCCGCCCCCCCCGCGGGACCCCUGACCCUCCCAGGAUCCCCGCAGGACCCCUGACCUCCCACGCAGCCCCGGGGAGGGGGCAAGGGGGGGGAAGACAAUUGUGAGCACACCCUGCCCCCAGGGGCUGUAAAUAGCCUGUAGCUCUAGAGCCCCCCCGCCUCAGUUUUGGGGGAGUCAUCCCCCCUUCUCCAGCAGAGAAGGGGGUCCCCAUGUGUUCCCCCAUGUUCCGUCUCAAGUCAGCAGAGCCAAGCAGGACGGUUGCCUUAAUGUGUGCUCCCUCCCCCAUCUGGGAUUGGGGCCCCCAGGGAGGCUUGGAUUUCCCCCCCAAAGGGGGUCAGGGAGAGGUGGGGGCGUGGAGGAGGCGUCACCCCCCCAUUCACACACCCACACACUGGGCUGUUUUGGGGGCACCUUAGCACAAGACAGUGGUGAGGGGGCCCCCCUAGGCAG